GUGGGCUACCUGCCUCCUGCCUACCUCAGCACCAUGGAGAGCAACCCUACCAAGCGUAAACACGCCACGAACGACGUCGUCUGAUAAAAGCCGCGACCCGGAAGUGCAGGUCAUGCUCUGUGUGGCAUAAUAUUCUGAACCCCGAUUUGCUAUCGUGUUACUGCGGAACACCGUAAAGAGGGGGCGCAAAGGGGCGGGUGGUAGUUUUGGAUGCGGGCUUUCCCACACGCGCGCAUCCAUCUUCGAGCCACCGCAUUCACAGAGUUGUCUCCCAAGUCCUUCCGGGCGUCUUGAGCUUUUUUUCCCCCUCGCUUACCUCAAACUGUAGCUGCUGUCAGUCAAGAUGGGUGUGCAUUAACGAGGUACUCCACGCCCCGUCAUCAUCAUCAAUCGCCGAUCGGCAUCAUGUCUCCUCCAGCGUCGGCUGCGACUGCCAGCGAAAGCAGCACCGCCACCACCACUACUACCACCGUCGUGUUUGAAGAAGACACCAGGGAGGAGCAAAAACCCCUCAAGCAAUCUCUGAGCAAGUCACUGUGUCGGGAGAGUUUCUGGAAAUGCCUUCUCUUGUCCGUUCUCAUGUACGGUUGCAUGGGAGCUAUGGUUUGGUGUCAUGUGACCGAGGUGACCCGCCUCACCUUUGACAGUGCGUUCAAAGGCAAAUCCAUGAUGUACCAUGACAGUCCCUGCUCCGAUGGUUACAUUUACAUUCCUCUGGCCCUCCUGGGCAUGCUCUACUUGGUCUACCUGGUGGAAUGCUGGCACUGUCACGUGCAGAACGAGCUGCAGCACAAAGUCGACGUGGAUGGCAUUUAUGAGCGAAUCCAAAGAAUGCAGCAAGCCAAACCUUGCAUCUGGUGGAAGGCCAUCAGCUACCACUAUGUGCGUCGCACCAGGCAAGUCACACGCUACCGGAAUGGGGACGCGUACACCAGUACCCAGGUUUACCACGAGCGAGUCAACACUCACGUGGCGGAAGCCGAAUUUGACUACGGUCACUGCGGAGUGAAAGACGUCUCCAAGCAGUUGCUAAGCCUGGAGAAGUCAGCCCUCACAAAGAUGCGUUUUACCAAGUGCUUCAGCUUCGCCAAUGUUGAAUCUGAGAAUUCGUACCUGACACAGCGAGCGAGAUUUUUCACCGACAACGAAGGCCUCGAUGACUACAUGGAGGCCAGGGAGGGCAUGCACCUGAAAAACAUUGAGCUGAAGGAAUACAUCAUGGCUCUGUCCAACCCAGAGCACCACCCCUGGUAUCUGUCCCAUUAUGUCUUCUGGUUCGCCUCAUUCCUCACCUUCUCAUGGCCUCUCCGGGUUUUCACAGAGUAUCGAACCGCAUACGUUCACUAUCGUGUCGAGAAACUCUUUGGACAUGAUUACAUUCCGGUUACGCCGUGUGAGGAUCGUCCGUAUUGGCGACGUAUCCCUCGUGUAAACACUAUCGACAGCACAGAAUUGGAGUGGCACAUUCGGUCCAACCAGCAGUUGGUGCCCAGUUACUCAGAGGCAGGCCUCAUGGAUCUAGCCCAGUGCCCUUCCAGCUUCAGUGGCAUGCGUCAGAAUUGUGAGCGCUGCCACAGGGCCAUCAGCUGCUCUUCAGUGUUCUCCAGAAGCGCCCUCAGCAUCUGCACGGGAGCCAGCUCCCGAAUCCCCUUCAGCGGCAGCCGAUUUUCCUUGGCGCGACGCUACGGAUCACAAAGAAGCUGCUUUUGGAGGAGCGGGAGCUUGGACGAACAGGAAAGUCCCAGCGAAAACACCCGCUGUCUGUCGGAGCGCCUCACCACGGACGACGAAGAACCCCCGGACUACGACGACGCACUGUGCUACCCGCUGCUCAUCGUCCACUGCAGCGAGAACUGCCACAACCACAGGUCCUUCCACAGAAACGGCUCUUGUGUGGAGACUUCAUUAUGACCGCAUGAAAAAAACAAAAACAAAUUGAGAAUAUCUGUAGCAUACAAACACUUGGCUGCAUGAGUGAUACACAAAUGCCUAAAUCCUGAAUGUGUGAAUUAGCAAAGCAAUAAGUGUGAUUCGUGAUAUGUGAAACUUACACACGUACAAAGACUGUUAACACUGCACAUCAUUGCCAUAGCUUUGAAAAUCUCGAUAUAUAAAAGUGGCAUUGCAGUUGCCUCAUGCAAAAAAAAAAUGGACAUGUCUAAAAGUUCAAAUAUGUGCAUCAUCGGUGACUAGUUACUUGGCAAGUUUGAUGAAAUUUUUAGCCCACGGUUGACCUACUUCUAACUACAGCAAUAAAUGCAAAACCCAAGUAGAAUCAUCCCAAGUGGAAUUAAAAUGAAGAAUAUUAGUUGCACUCAUUCAUAUGAAAGGAAGCAGAUCGAAACAUGAAUCUAUUCCACACGAUACAUGCUUACUAUUAUUAUUAGUUUACAUUCAGAAGCUUUUCAUUUCAUUUAAUUUUCAAUAGGGCGUGUCCUCAUUAGAGUCACCGGUGAGCUGCAGGAAACACCCCAGACUGAUUGCCAGCGAAUCACGGGGCACAAAUAGACAAACAAGCCUUUCACUCUCUCAUUUGCACCUACGGACAAUAUAGAUUUGACCUCAAAAGAAUGUUUUGGGGAUGUGGGAGGAAGCCGGAGUACAGGGGGAACAUGCAUACUCACUCCCUUGAGAGAAAUUCUAUGCACUUUCGGCUACAGAUCAUGGACAUUUUUGUCAGACUUUUACAAAAAAUGUUUUUUUCUUUGGCUAACCUGAAGCAAGAGACUGAAUGUUCUUAAAUACCAUGUACUUGAUUCAUGUGCAUCUAUCCAUGUAGGAUGAAAAGCACUUUUCCUCAUUAGGAUUGUGCGUAAGAGGUGGACAGAGGACAUCCUGGACCGGUUGCCAGCCAGUCACAGACAUACUCUUGUACAAUGAAGUCCAAUGCUGUUCCUCGGUAUGCUUUUGAAAAUCUCUCUCAGUUUGACUGUUAUAUCGGAAAUUCAUUUGAAUUGUUUUCCCCGCAUAAUUGCUUGUAGAAGAAUCGUCAAUUAGUGGGCAGUUUAUAUUUUGCAAACUUUGAGUAUGGUAUACAAAGUACAUGUAUACGGCACGUAUAGUGAUCUUGAUUUAUGAAGGUGAUUUUGAUCAUGUUGGUUGAAGAUAUUCUCUUCAAGCAUACUUUUUUUUUUAAUACCAACUGCCACGAUCAGAAAAUGACCUGUCAACUGUAAUAUCACCUGCAUAAAUCUUGCAGACAGAGGUUUACAUUUUACAUGAUGAGAUGGUUACAAACGUCGUGACUGCAUCUUUCAAACACUGACACUCGGUCUGUAUUUAUCUGCAAAAAAAUCAUCAUCAGGGCACCAGAUUCAUGACCGCAAUUGCAUAAUUAUGUCCUAACACAGUGUAUUUCACAAACAUUGCUGAAUGUCAGCCACCAGCGUACAUUAUGUAGCACGUGUCACUUAUGUAGCUAUUGGAAAAGGAGUUCAUGCAUCACACCACAUCUCUACUCUACAUUUAUCCAGCUCUUUCAAAUGGAGUUUACUUCAAUUAAUGCAAAUAUGUUAGUGCUCAUAUGUUGAGACACUUGGUACACCAUUUUAUAAUACUGAUUUUUUUGUAUUACAUGAAACUGGUGAACAUAGUCAAGCAAAUAUUUAAUAUUCAGUGUAGUCAAACCAGUAUUAUGCACUUGAAAUGACAAAAGGCUCUGACUUGUACUGAAGCUGAAUGUUGAUGUAUGUUGAAAAUACAGUAAUAUCGUAUUCAAAAUGUAUAGCAGUGGCCCCCAUCUACCAGGUCUUAUGUGGUAUAUUUGUUAUAUCAAUGUUGUACCGGAGCAUACACUGU